AUGUUCGCAUCAACAUCAACUGCGUUCGCGUCAGACAACACUGAUAAUGGUACGGAGGAUAACAAAAACGAUGAUUUAUUAGAUUUACUGGGCGAAAUAGACGCCGAAAUCGAAGGAGAAUUCUCGGACGAGUUUACUCUCAAAUCGGAUAUUCAAGUGCAAAUUGCACACGAGAUUACCGUUCGAGGCGCGUCUUCGGGGAACGAGAAACUGGUCCAACGUUCAAUCGAUUUCAUCGUCGGGGACGAUUACGCAUCCGCCGCGUUUCGAUUUUGCGUGAAACACGAGUUGUAUCAUCAUCAGCACGUGAGGGCGACUGCUUUGAAGAUUAAGGAGGAGAUUGAGAAGAUGCCGGAGGAUGCGAGGCCGGCGGUGGGCGGCGCCGCUGCCAAGAGAAGGAGGAGAGAAGGCGUGCCGGAGAAGAGGAAGAAAACGGCGCAGGAGAGGUACGAGGUAGUGAGGGAAUAUUUGAACGAAACGAAGUUCGUGAAAGCCGGGGAGGAGUUGUCCAGAUUGGUGGAAGAGUUUCAAGACCAUCAACUGAAUUCGGACGAGCACAUCGAGCAAGACAAAGAGGACGUGGCCGUCGGCGGGCCUUUGAACAGAUUAGUGGAGGUGAUGAAAAGAGCGAAACGGCUCAUCAAUGACGAGCAGAAACAGCGAGACGAGAACGAAAAGUUGGUGAGUUUAGGAGAGCAGUUGAAGAAAAAGAUGGAAAAGAAACGAGAGACGAUCGCGCAAUCGGAGGAAGGAUUUAGAGAGUUGUUGAGACAAACGUACGAGACGCCGAAAUCGGAACGAUUGGAACGAGUCGGGAGAUUACCCCCGCUGGCAAAAAUGGACGUUAAAGUCGACGGGAAGAUGAAGGAGAUGCUCGUGUUUCAAGACCAAGACGCGCAAACGGCGGUGUUUGAGUGGUGCGUGUAUAACGGCAUCAGAGAACCGGAAAAAAUGGUGGACGUGCUCAGGAAUUUGUUGAAACUUACCGGCGAGGAACGAUGGCGAUCUGUGAACGAGAGAAACGCGCAGGGAUACGUGGAUGCGUAUUACGGGAAGAAAACUUCGAAUGUAGAGGAAGCUUUGAAAAUGUGGGCAGAUGGCACGGAUAAGUUUGGCAUCAUUUCCGGAUCGAAACUUCUCGAGCUCGCGGCGCAAUACAAGGAAAAAAUCGCCGAUUCCGGAGAAGUCGCCUUGGAACUCGAAUACGAAAAAACGGUGAAAUUAUUGAGACGAAACGUGGAGUAUUUUACCGCCAGCGUUGACUUUGAAACCGCGAUGAAGAAAGACGAGUGCAAAAACGCGAUACUUUUUUCGCAAACGAUGAUAAAAAUCGAUCGGAAGCGACCGGUGACGGCGUUGCAAAAGCUCUUCGCCGCCAAGUGUAAAUUGAGGCUGAAAAAGUUUGACGAAUCCGCGACGGACGCGUUUUCCAUUUUAUCUCGAAUCAAAACGACCGGCGAUUGGAAAGCGACGGAUAUCAAAUAUUUAACCGUGUAUAUCGGUGGCAUGUCCGCGAUGAAACUCGGCGACUCUGAACGCGCGUUGAAAUUCUACGCCGUGUGCGUUCGCAACGAUCCAGAUUUCAGUUUAUGCAAAGACAUUUACAAGAACUUGAACUCUAUCAAGAAAUCUAUGAAAAUCGUGGACGAUAAGUUGAACGAUAAACACCCUCGUCCAGCUUUGGAGGCUAUGGAUGCGGUUGAAAUUGCGGCGAAAAGUUUAGGUUUCCACGGAGUGAAGUCGUUCGAGAACGAUAUGAACGUGCGCAAAUGUCGCGCGGCGGUCUUCAAGAGACAAUUGAACGACGCGUACGAUUAUUGUCAAAAUGCCUCGGAUUAUUUUGGAGUGAAAGCGAAAAUGAUUGAAAGUGAUCCACUGACGGGAAGCGAGGACGGUGCGGAGGCUUUAUUGGAAGAGAAAGUGACCGCGGAGGAUAUGCUGAAAUACGCGGAGGCGCUGCGCGCGACGGCGGAAUUGUACGUCGCGGAUGAGAAUCCGAAAGAGGCGAAAUCGUUAGCCGAACAAGCGUUGGAGAUUUGUCGCGCGAACGCGGGACAGUCCAGUUCGUCUCGAUCUCUCAAGGAGAACUUAGAAUCGUUCGUUCGAGAAACGCACAACCUCGUUCGGCAGUACGAAAACAAUCGAGAUUACGCGAAAAUCUUAGGCGUCCCGCCGAAUCUCAACGAGUUGACGAAGGAAAGGCAGUGCGAUUUUAUUAAAAAGAGUUUCAAGAAAUUGGCGUUGAAGUGGCAUCCGGAUAAGCACGAGACAAACGCGAGAAAAAAGAGAGCGGCGAGAAAGCUGAACGACGCGGCAGAAGCGAGAGACGAGUUGAACGAUCGCGCCAACUGCGAAGCCGGAAGCGUAAAUAGAGAACGCGCGAGGGCGGAAAAAGCGAAAGAGGAGGAAAGGAAUAGACAAAAUUGGGCCAGAGGAGGAGGAGGAGGAGGACAUCAUUGGGGUGGACAUCAGCAUCAGUAUCAGCGUCAAAGGCGCGGCGGUGGUCCCGGCGGCGGUCACUGGGAGUUCUAA